UAACAAAGCAGUGCUCACCAUCAUGGGUCCAAGAUCAAGAAACCGUGGGUUUAACCGUCUCUCAAAGGCUUUGCAAAGCGAUCGGGAAAAGAUUAAACACAAUAAGUCCCUCAAAAAUAAAGUCAGAGACGUACAGAGACUGCUUAAAAAGAGUGAUCUUCCAGCAACUGUGAGAGUUGUCCAAGAGCGAAUGCUUGAUGUCUUAAAAGAGACUAUUAAGGAUAAAGCAAAGGAAGACAAACAGAAAAAGAUCGAAAAAAGAUCGAAAAAAGUCAUAUUCUUUGAGAAAAAAAAGAUAUUUAGAAAAUACAAAUCUUGUUUGAAAGAGCUGAACGAAACAGAGAAUAGUGAAACAAGAAAUUCUUUACUGAAAGAGCUUGAAGAGAUCAAGCAGCAGUGGAAUUAUGUUUAUCAUUUUCCAGGAAACACCAAGUAUAUUUCAUUGUUUCCACUGACCUCCCAUACAAAUGCAGACAUUGUUGCUAAACAAGAAAAAAUCCAGAAAACUAUUGCAAAGAAAGUGGCAGGGGGUGAGUUGGAGGAUGCAUCCAGUACAAUUUGGAAAAUGGGUAAAGCUUCUCAAAAAGUGACAAAGGAAAAACCUAAACUAGUGUUGAGUGACGAAGAAUCAGGACGAGUUGAUUCGAAGGGAGACGGUGAAGAUGAAUCUGGAGAUCAGGAACCACCGCCAAUACUCGACCCUAGAGAGGAUGACUUCUUUAUGGAUUCAAGUCCAAGCCCAGGAGUUAAUGAAUGGAAUAUACUCUCCCAGUAAAAUUGACAAGCUGUAUUUCACAGCAAGGGAUGGAGGAAUUAAAAUUCUGACUAUGAAAAGUUUCGGUCGGAUAACAA